UUGCUCGCAGCAGCAGCUCCGGCCAGUCUGCGGCCUGCCUUCACCGCCGCCUCAGAGGUCCGAGACCACGGAGCGAAGCGGCGCCAUGAGCACCGACGACGCCGACGCCGCCGCUACGAACGACGUCGCGCGGCCCGAGUCGCCGUUCGGCAGCAGGGUCCUCCGAGCGCUGCUCGAGAGCUUGCAGCAGCGGCCCGCGCUGCUGCCGGCGGGAGACGCCGAUGACGGCGACGAUGAGAAGAAGCUGAUUGCGGAGGUCGUGCUGGGGAUGGGCGGUGAGGUGUCCCCGGGGGGGGGCGUUCUCCCCCCCCCCUCCUCCGCCCCCCCGCCCCCGGACCCCUCGGGGGACCGUGGGAUUGCCGCCAGCGUGGCGCGUGCGGCCUUCCUGGGCCCCGCCAUCUGGGACCGCACGAUCCCCUACGACGGCCACGCCUUCACCCUCGAGUACAUGGACCUGGACGACUUCUUGUCGCAGGAGGAGCUCACCGGCCUGGGCCUCGACGGAUUCGAGGUGGACACCAGCGGUGGGAGCGAGGGAGGGGGAGGGGCGGGAGGAGGGGGAGAUGUGGGUGAGAGAAGUAGGAUUGGCGACAGAGCAGCUGACGUCACGGGCAGAAGCAGCAGCGGCGGUGGUCCAGACAACUCCUCCUCGUUACCACGACACCCAUCGCCACCAUCGCCACCAUCGCCACCAUCACCACCGUCGUCAACCAAACCCAGCAGCAAGGAUCCCACGGCCAUAGCCGCCGAGAAGCCACGGCGGCCGGCGCCGGAGGGCGAAGAGGUGGACGCCGAGGUGGACGACGAGGUGGAGGUGAAGGUGGAGUUUGUGGCGAGCCCCACGGACGUGGCGCUGUCCACCGUGCCGGGCCAGGAGCCCUUUGACCCGCGGCGUCGCCGCUUCUCGCCGGACGAGCUCAAGCCACAGCCCAUCGUGAAGAAGGCCCGCAAGGUCUACGUGCCUGACGACCGCAAGGACGAGAAGUACUGGCAGCGGCGCACCAAGAACAACCGUGCGGCACAGCGCUCGCGGGAGGCUCGGCGCUUCAAGGAGAACCAGAUAGCAGUGCGCGCUGCCUUCCUGGAGAGCCAGAAUGCGGCGCUCAAACGCGAGGUGGCAGAGCUGCGAGCUGCCCUCGCCAGGGCCACGGCGUCUGCCUCGUCGUCAUCUUCGUAGCACGGGCUGGAGGAGAGAUGGACUGAUGA